UUUAUUAUAAUUUUUUUUUAAUGAAAAAGCAAUAUCCAACGGCACAAAAAUUCCAGAAUCACAAAUUUGAUGGACAAAAUCAUCCACUCAUAUUUUCCACCUCAUCCAAAUAACUAACCAUAAACAGCCCAACGAUCUCAAACUCAACUGAACUGCCUGCAACAAAAGAGGGGGGAAAAAAAGAAAAAAGAAAAAAGAAAAAAAGCAGCCACAGAAAUGCUGACUACCAAACUGUCAGCAGCUGCAGUCUCUUCAUCUUCUUCCACUAUCUUCCUGAAUUCCCACAGCAGAUUGAGAUUCAGCAAGAGAAUCCCUUUUCUCGCCAACCCGUCUCUCUUCAAUCCUCUCAGACCCAUUGUUGAAUGUAGCUCUUCUGCUAAGAAGAACUCCUCAAGAAAUAUGGAUUCUUCUGCUUCUUCGAGGAUUGUGAGCCCGCGUGCCGCUGCCGAGCAGCUCAAAGACCCCGAUCAGCUCAUCGACUCCGUCGAGACCUUCAUUUUCGACUGUGAUGGAGUCAUAUGGAAGGGAGACAAACUAAUAGAUGGCGUCCCAGAGACUCUUGACAUGCUUCGUUCAAAGGGAAAAAGGUUGGUUUUCGUCACCAACAACUCUACAAAGUCCAGGAAACAAUAUGGCAAAAAGUUUGAAACACUCGGUCUUAAUGUCACCGAGGAAGAAAUAUUUGCGUCAUCUUUUGCUGCUGCUGCUUACUUGAAGUCGAUUGAUUUCCCCAAAGAUAAAAAGGUUUAUGUUGUUGGCGAGGAAGGCAUUUUAAAGGAGCUGGACUUGGCAGGGUUUCAGUACCUUGGUGGACCGGAAGAUGGCGACAAGAAGAUUGAACUGAAACCGGGUUUUUUGAUGGAGCAUGACGAAAGUGUUGGAGCUGUGGUUGUCGGAUUUGACCGUUACUUCAACUAUUACAAAAUCCAGUAUGCCACUUUGUGCAUCCGCGAAAACCCUGGCUGUCUUUUCAUAGCAACCAACCGUGACGCUGUCACUCAUCUUACGGAUGCUCAAGAAUGGGCAGGUGGUGGCUCAAUGGUAGGUGCAGUAGGUGGAUCGACUCAACGCGAGCCGCUGGUUGUUGGGAAGCCGUCGACGUUCAUGAUGGACUACUUAGCGAAGGAAUUCAAGAUCUCGAAAUCCCAAAUAUGUAUGGUUGGAGACAGACUAGACACUGACAUCCUAUUCGGGCAGAACGGCGGCUGCAAGACUCUUCUUGUUCUAUCAGGCGUCACUUCUCUGUCGAUGCUUCACAACCCCGAUAACACCAUACACCCAGAUUUCUACACCAACAAGAUAUCAGAUUUCCUGUCUCUUAAGCCUGCUGCGGUAUGAAUUAGAGUGUAAAGAGCCAUUUGGAACAAACCUUGAUUACUUCUAAUUCUCUCCAUAAGUUAAGAGGAUGAUAUUGUUUUCGAUA